AUGGCUCAUAAUCAAACUUCAACCAGCAUUGAUAUGCAAGAUUUUGUUGUAUGGACGACGGCAUCACCUACCACCUUCAAUUAUUUAUCCUUUUUGCGUCACAUCGACCUUAAUGACUUAUUUUUGGCUCUAACGGACGGUGUUAAGUAUUUGAGGACUAAACAAGAUCUUAACUUUGUAAUAGCUAGUCAGCAUAGCACCUCACAACUAAAAAAUGGGGGCAAUUGGGAGAACGAGGUGAUUCAAGAGAUGGCUCGUGACAUAUGCAAACUCUUGGUAUUACACUGUUCGAACAUGAGAGACAUGUCGAUCGAUAUGGCUAAUCGAAAAUGGUCGUCGGAUAGUUAUCGAUGUUCGAGCAUACCCAACAUCUCAUUCUGGAUCACGUGCAGAGAGAUUCCGGACGAACUUUUAUUAAUUCCAACCUAUCGCGGUGCAGAUAACUGUCUAUCACAACUCGUCGAAUUUUACUGGGGCGCUACGCAUUGGACCUCCGAAUUUUUGGUGGCGUUGUCCAAAGUUUCUCGAAGGUUAAGGAAAAUUGUGAUUAACAUGUCAAAUUUCGGUAGAAACGAAAGUAACGAACAUGCACGAAACAUGGGAAAAUUAAUAAACGCGCAAACGGCGCUGCAGGAUAUACAAUUCAUCAAAUGUAAACCUCGCGUCUUACCAGCAAUUAUGUUCGGACUCCGUUCUCAGCAAAAGACAUUACGCCGAUUUUACUUUCAGGGGAUGGUCAAAGACUGGAGUGUGUUUUCCGAAUUGGUUCAUCUGACCAACCUGCAGGAGAUGAGCUUCGUCCAGGCAAACUUUCGUUGCAGUGAAGUGGAAAUGAUAUCAGCUUCGCAUUUUCCAAAGUUAACGAAAUUGGUGUUCAAUGUCGCGUGGUUUCGAUUUCCCAUAAUCAUCCCCGAAAUAAUAAUCAAAAAUUCGGGGAAGAAAAUCACGACAUUUUCGUUGCCCCAAUACUAUUAUCCGUCAUGUGACGAUUUUGUGCCAACGGUGGCAUUGUCGGUCGCCAAAUACUGUCCGAACUUGGUGCACUUCGAAUAUUUCGCGAAAAAAAAGGAGUUCCCACAGCUGGUGUUGCUUUUCGCGUCUUGCCCAUUACUGGAAAAAGUAAUGAUCGCUGGAUGCGACGAAGAGGCCGAUGAUUUGUUAUUGCAAUUGGCGAAUCACGAGUUACCGAAUCUUAGCGAGUUUGGGAUCGCAGCGCAAUGGACGUUUUCGCCUUUGUCACUGGAAACCUUUUUCGUCAAAUCCAAGGCGCCACUGAAGAGUUUUUCGGUGAGCCUUUCAUCUUGUUUCGCCGAUGAACACAUGAAUGUUGUGCUGCGAUGUUUUGGCGAUGCAUUGACUCGCGUGCACGUGGAAACGUCGCGAGAAAUAUCGAAAAAAACGGUGACAAAGGCCAACAAACACAUUCAUGAUUUUAGUUAUAAAAUGAUAGAAAUAUUCGAACCAGGUUUGUUGUGUCGUUAA